AAUCAAUGGUUACAUGGUAGCUCUGUAUAAACCAUAAAGGCGACAAAGGCGGAACAAUACAGUAUACCAAGCCAAAAUGGCUACAAACACAGCUGUGAAAUUUUCGUUUUUGGUUGUAUUAAUUUUCGUCCCGUCGGCGGCGGGAUGGUGGCAAGACAUAUUUUGGACCGAGCAGCGUCCAGAGAACUGCCCAUACCAGGACAACGUGACGCACGUGUGUUCUGAGCUGCGGGAGGAAAACUUCACGUGCGUGACAGUCGCGUGCUGCGAUCACUUCAAGAACGGUGACGUCGAAAGCGGAAAUGACGUCUCUGAGUAUGAUGACGAAUCUUUCUCAGAUGAGGAUGACUAUCACGUGUACUACUAUGGCAGGACUGACUCAUGCCGAGUUUGCUACUCCGUUCGUUCGUGCACGCUGUUCCAGUGCUCUCAUUGCUGUUGUGACGGCUACACCAGGGAUUUCUUCGGAGGAUGCAGGAAGAAAAAUGCGGGUAUCGAGUGUGAGAAUGGCGGCACGCGCCACCAGGACUGGUGGGGACACUGGGAGUGCAGUUGCCCGCACGGAUUCAUGGGCAAAACAUGCGAGACACCGAUUUGCCACUGCGAGAAUGGCGGGGUCUGUGGGACGCUUGACGGCCGGCCACACUGCAACUGCACGGCGGGCUUUGAAGGGCAACGUUGCGAGAGAGCCAUGUGCACGACACCGUGUGAGAAUGGGGGUAAAUGUGUGAGGUCGGGUGAAUACCAGUUCUGCGACUGUCCGGUCAACUACGCCGGACAACACUGCGAAGUGCCAUUCAAGCAGCCUGCGACAUGCCCCCAUAUACAGCAACGCUUCGAUGGGCGCAUGUACUGCGACUCCGCAUGCGCAGAAAAUGCCGACUGCGCUUCCGGCGAAUUAUGUUGCCGCGAGGGAUGCUCCACCGUGUGCCGGAAGCCCGAUGGAAAAUGCGUCAUGGACCAGAAAACUUUCGACAUCGGAGAAAUCUAUAAGCAGGACUCGUGCACGACUUGUGAAUGUAUUGAGGGUGGUAUGAUGCCGUGUAUGGCCUUGUCCUGCGCUCCUCCCAAAUGCACCGGCUGGUUCGUCAAACCUGGGGACUGCUGCCCUUCAUGUCCAGAUGAACGCCCACCUCCGACAAUCCGUUGCCCGGUGCGUCCUGUCGAGGUCAACGUCUCCUGCAAGACCGACUACGCCGACCUCACCGAUGUUAACACGGAUGUAUGUGCAAAGGACGCUCAGGGAAACAAGCUUCCGGUUUACUACUCGGAGACCAAGUUGCAGCACUGCCACUGCUGGGGCGGCCAGACGACGGUGACGGCCAGCACCCGCGACCGCGUCUCGGGCUUGGUGGCCUCGUGUAAAUUCCAGGUCAUCGUAACUGAUCGUCAUCCACCGAAGUUCCUCUCCUGUCCGAAUGACGUGUUCAUUUUCGAAGGGGAGACACCCCGCUGGCAGAAGCCGAGCUUUUGGGACAAUGUGGGUGUGGCCCACGAGCGGUCUAACGCCCAUCGAGACUACUACCCCAUAGGCAACCACCCCAUGCAUUAUGGCAUUGUGGACUACGACGGAAACAGAGCGGAGUGCUUCUUCACUAUCUCGGUGUCGUCCAAAGAAACCCCAAUUGCGGAUCUCCCACAAGGACUCAAGGAGCAAAGAGGGGAAGUAGUUGUGAAGACUGGUGUCAUAGUUGGAGCCGCUGUCGGAGCACUCGCACUACUGGCCUUGUUGGCCGCCGUCGUCUAUUGCUGCUGCAGGAAAAGUGCGCCGGCUGCCGCUUCCGCUUCACCCCCACAGCCACUUUCGGGCAAGACUGGAUACUUCAACAAUAUAUAUGCACUUCCCGUGGACGUGAAGCUUCCACCUUACAGCCUCAACGGAAACCCGGAUGAGAUGCCUCCGCAGUACGUAAGCACACAGGACCUGCGUGUACCGGAAGUGAAGGAGCUUCCGCCGCCCAGCUACUCCAACCCCGAGUACGGGAUGCUAGGAGAUCUGGAUGGCCGCAAGGACCGUGACGUUGCUGAGAUCAACGUGGAGGUUGAUGACGACGUGUAUGAGAAAGCCAAGGAUGUUAUCACUAAUGCUUAGACGGUUUCAAAGUAUAAAUAACCGGUCGUUCACAGAUGCCAGUUUCAAUAAUGCAAACAACUUAUGUUGACAUUGUUUAUACCUGAUUGAAAAUAUCCAAUUUAAAGGACCAUUGGAAAACAGAUAACGAAUUUAUUACCAUAUACUUGCAGAUAGCUUUCUGUGAAGUUGUAAAUAAAUAUACUUUGAUCACUGGAGUGAUGACGUCUUUGUUCGAAUACAAAACACUUAAUGUAUUUAUACAACAGUUAAUGAUUAUUUUCCGAGAUUAAGUGGCUGGUUCACAAAUUUUAUAUUUAUCAGUUAUGUAUCUGUGUUCAUGGUAAACUAACUCAUAUCUAUGCUGGUUCGGUAAUUUUACCAAAUAACAAACUGACCUACCAAGAAAUAUGUUGGCGAAUGCGAGUACCAAUAACUGACUUUAUAUUUAAUCAGAAUUGUGUUUUAUAUUUGUUACAUUGUGUUGUUAUUGUUCUUGACCUGGGUGAUUGUUAACGUUUAUGACGAACGUAUUUCUUGCCUUCGAAUGAACAUGUAUACUUACCUUCAAUAAAAUAUAGUUUUAGUU